CCUUGAGGAAAAAAAAGGCAGAAACAGCAGACUUUUUAGCAAAACCGAAAAGGUAAAAAAGGGAUGGCAGACUUCUAGGAAAAUUCUGUGGUUAGAGUUCUCACUUUUCAAUGGGUAAUCACUGUUAACUUUCUCAACAAACUGAUUAAGCAGGUAUACUUCAGUAAAACUAUUUAAAUUCCAAGCUUCCAUCUUCUAGUUGUGCAGUCCCAUGUUCUCUCUCAUUCAAAUUUCUUCCUUGAACUCCUACAUCUCUUCUUUCCUGGUGUUUCCUAUUUCCGGUUGAACCUGAGCUUCUUCUUUUCAUUGUGCUUGCUUUUCAUUUCUACAUGGAACUAAACUUCCUGAGUGGUGGUGAUGCUGCAAAGCUUUCAACUCGGGUAUUUGACGCUUUGGCUUUUCAUUGAUCUUGUUCAUAAAUUCUGAAAUGGGUAGCAUCAAAAUGUGUCAUAUGAUGCUUUUCUUUGCAGUACUUAGUGCUGUUCUUGCUGUUACCUUUGGCGAUAAUUCAACAGAUUCCUACUGGCUUCUGAGAAUUAAAUCAGAGCUAGUUGAUCCUGUUGGAGUUCUUGCCAACUGGUCUUCAAGAACUAAUAUUUGUAGCUGGAAUGGAUUGGUGUGUUCUGAUGAUCAACUCCAUAUUAUUGGCCUGAGCCUAUCUGGGUCAGGUUUAUCAGGUUCUAUCUCACCGGAGUUCUCACACCUCACUUCACUGCAAACACUUGAUUUAUCUUUAAACGCCUUCGCUGGGUCGAUUCCUCAUGAGCUUGGACUGCUUCAAAAUCUAAGGGAACUGCUCCUUUAUUCAAAUUAUCUCUCUGGUAAGAUUCCCACAGAGAUUUGUCUUUUGAAGAAGUUGCAAGUUCUAAGAAUAGGAGAUAACAUGCUAGCGGGUGAAAUUACACCAAGCAUUGGUAACUUGAAGGAGUUGAGGGUACUGGGUCUUGCUUAUUGCCAAUUAAAUGGAAGUAUUCCAGCUGAAAUUGGCAAUUUGAAGAAUCUGAAAUUUCUCGAUUUGCAGAAGAACAGCCUCAGCAGUGUCAUACCAGAAGAGAUCCAGGGGUGUGUAGAGCUUCAAAAUUUUGCAGCAUCAAACAACAAGCUUGAAGGAGAAAUCCCUGCCUCUAUGGGAAAUCUUAAAUCACUCCAAAUUCUGAACCUGGCCAAUAACAGCCUUUCUGGAUCAAUUCCUAUUGAGUUGGGUGGUCUCUCCAAUUUGAAGUACUUGAAUUUGCUUGGAAAUAGAUUGAGUGGCAUGAUUCCGUCAGAGCUAAACCAGUUGGAUCAACUCCAGAAGCUCGACUUGUCAAGCAAUAAUCUCUCAGGAACUAUAAACUUCCUCAAUACCCAAUUAAAGAGUCUUGAGGUUCUGGCUUUAUCUGAUAAUCUUUUGACAGAUAGCAUUCCCGGCAAUUUCUGCACCAGCAGUUCAAGUUUGCGGCAAAUUUUUCUGGCUCAAAAUAAGCUCUCUGGCACUUUCCCCUUGGAGCUGUUGAACUGUUCCUCAAUCCAACAAUUAGACCUCUCUGAUAACAGAUUUGAAGGAGUACUGCCGCCUGAGCUGGAAAAAUUAGAGAACCUCACAGAUCUUCUACUCAACAAUAACAGUUUUUCUGGAAAACUGCCUCCUGAAAUUGGAAACAUGAGUAGCUUGGAAACUCUUUACCUGUUUGACAACAUGAUCACAGGUAAUAUCCCGGUGGAACUCGGGAAGUUACAGAAGUUGAGCAGCAUCUACCUCUAUGACAACCAGCUGUCAGGAAGCAUACCAAGAGAGCUAACAAACUGCUCCAGCUUAUCAGAGAUUGAUUUCUUUGGCAACCAUUUUAUGGGGUCCAUUCCUGCAACAAUUGGGAAGCUUAGGAAUCUUGUUUUCCUGCAACUGAGGCAGAACGACUUGUCGGGUCCGAUCCCACCAAGCUUGGGCUAUUGCAAAAAGCUUCACACAUUGACAUUGGCUGAUAACAAGCUCUCGGGUUCAUUGCCACCAACAUUCAGAUUCCUCUCCGAGCUUCACCUCUUUUCUCUCUACAACAACUCAUUUGAAGGUCCUCUUCCUGAAUCACUUUUCCUUUUAAAAAAACUUGGAAUUAUUAAUUUUUCUCAUAACAGGUUUAGUGGGAGCAUCCUUCCUCUCUUGGGUUCAGACUUUCUAACCCUGUUGGAUUUGACAAACAACAGUUUCUCGGGUCCUAUUCCCUCUAGACUAGCCAUGUCCAAAAAUCUAACCCGCCUUCGUCUUGCACACAAUCUUCUUACUGGCAACAUUUCUUCUGAAUUUGGCCAGCUCAAAGAGCUCAAAUUUCUUGAUCUGUCAUUCAACAAUUUCACAGGAGAGGUGGCACCUGAACUCUCAAACUGUAAAAAACUUGAACAUGUCUUGCUCAACAAUAACCAAUUCAUAGGCAUGAUUCCUUCAUGGCUAGGGGGCUUACAAAAACUAGGAGAGCUAGAUCUUUCAUUCAACUUCUUCCAUGGAACAGUGCCUGCAGCACUUGGGAACUGUUCAAUACUACUGAAGCUCUCACUCAAUGACAACAGUCUAUCCGGGGAGAUCCCACCAGAGAUGGGAAAUCUCACUUCUCUCAAUGUCCUUGAUCUGCAAAGAAAUAACCUUUCUGGGCAGAUUCCUUCCACAUUUCAGCAGUGCAAGAAGCUCUAUGAACUGAGGCUCUCUGAGAACAUGUUGACAGGUUCAAUACCAUCUGAGCUAGGAACCCUUACUGAAUUGCAGGUUAUCUUAGACCUGAGCAGAAAUCUCUUUUCUGGUGAGAUUCCAUCAUCUCUUGGAAAUCUUAUGAAGUUAGAAUCUUUGAACAUCUCUUUCAAUCAACUCCAAGGAGAAGUUCCUUCUUCACUGGGAAAGCUGACGAGCCUCCACUUGCUAGACCUGUCAAAUAAUCAUCUCCGGGGCCAACUUCCUUCAACUUUUUCAGAAUUCCCACUCAGCUCCUUCAUGCUUAAUGACAAGCUUUGCGGCCCACCAUUGGAAUCGUGUUCAGAAUAUGCGGGUCAGGAGAAAAGGAGAUUGUCUAACACUGCUGUUGCAGGGAUUAUAGUUGCCAUUGUCUUCACCUCUACACUAAUAUGCUUGGUGCUGCUUUACAUCAUGGUAAGAAUCUGGUGUACUUGGAGAAAAGUGAUGAUUUUGAGCUCGGAUGGUGGAGGAACUGAACAUAAUAUAGAAGAGGAGAAAUGGGACUAUGGAGAUGAAAAGAAAAGGAAAGGUGAGUACUGGAAAGUGAACACCAUGGCACUGGUUCCUUCCCAAGAAAAACAAAAUCUUUCUUCACCAACAUGCAUUUUCCAACUCAAAAUGGAUUCUGAAACCAUGGAGACUACCAUGGUCUGAUGAGGAGAUGUCUUUUGGUCUUUAUCUUUUCCUAAUUCUUUGUUGGAGUUUACAAUUCUUUGUUUGUCUCUUCACUUCCUUACACUUGUACUGUUUUAGUAGAUAUGUUGCAAGGCUCUACACUUUGAUUUCAUCUGUCAAGAUCAGUUCCGUUUGUACAGAGAUCAGUUUAUUAUCAUCCUAAGAGGCUGAAGAAGAAACAUUCACUUGGAGUUGGAUAGUCUUUUUUUGAAGAUGUAUCGUUCUUAUUCUCCAAUUCCAGUCUUUUCCUUUUGUUUGUUGUUUA